AUGCCAGACGUGACAGGAGUCCAACAACAAGUACACAACAAAGUCUGUCAAGACCUGGACGACCUAGUCCUCGAGUACAUUGCUCUCGUCAACGAGCAUCUCACCGCCUGGACUCGCAUCUCUACCCGCUUCCAAGAGGGACGCGAGUUGAUCUCGCAGGCAAAGUACAUUAUGGGGCCCAAGAACGUGUCUGCGGAUUGCUAUGAUCAUCGGAUGAAGGCUCUUCGAGGCGUGUUGAUCAAGGAUAGGUUGACAGAGAUCGAGAUCCGCGACUUGCGGGCAGAGGAGGUUGAACGACAGAGACUUCAGGAGGUUCAGGAAGAAGAGUCAAAAGCAGCAGAGAAGGACUCGGACAGUCACCGACAACAGAGGAGCGGGACAGGGUAUGAUGAUCAGGAGCAGAAACCGGGUCAGUCUGGAUUGAGAAGACGUGGCGGAGGAGUAGGAUCGGAGGACGCGUCAUCGUCAGUGGCUCCUACGGCUGGCAUGGCGACGAUUGAUCCUACGAGUUCAGGAACGACGGCUGCCGGUGGUGGUGAUGAUGAUGAAGUGACCAAGACGAAAAAGAAGAAGAAGGAGCGCAACCCCGACCCGUUGCUGUGGUUUGGCGUAUUUGUUCCGGGGUCUCUUCGAAGUGCUCAAACGGUUUUUCAACAAGGUUUGCAGGAUGUGGUGGAGAUGGCUAUGAUCCGACAGAGACUAAGCGAACUGGAAGGGAGGAUGGUAGUCUUGCGGGAGGCCAAGGCGGCAGGGACGAAAGAAUUGGAGGCUGAUAUCUCUGGAAUGAAGUUGUAG